UGUGAGCAGGCUGAGCGCGGCCGGGCUGAGGCCAAGGAGCUGGCUGAACAUGCUGCUGCCGCUGCCCAGCGUGCCCAGCAGGACUCCACAGCCACCCUGGGCCAGCGCCUGCAGGACAUACACUUCUGGAAGGCCGAGCUCCAGAAGGAGAUUGAGGACCUCGAUGCUGAGACCGGUCUGCUGGCAGCCCAGAAGCUGCGACUGGAAAGGGCGCUUGAUGCCACCGAGGUGCCCUAUGCCAUUGCCACUGAUAACCUGCAGUGUCGGGAGAGGAGGCAGCCCCCGGACCUGGUCAGUGAUGAGGUGGAGAGAGAGUUGCUGAAGGAAGCUGAACUUAUCAGAAAUAUCCAGGAGCUUUUGAAAAGAACUCUGAUGCAAGCUGGUAACCAGAUGCGAUUAAAUCGAGAUCACAAAGAGGUUUGUGAAAUGGACUGGUCAGACAAAGUUGAAACGUACAACAUCGAUGAUAAAUGUGGAAGAUACAGUAACCAGAGCACCAACAUCCAGUUCCAUCCUAGUUCAGUGAAGUUUGAAGAGAGCGCCUCAACACCAGAGACGUGGGCCAAGUUCAGUCAUGACAACAUCUUUAGAGCAGAACGAGAAAAACUGGCGUCCAUCAAUCUUCGUGCCUUGAUUGACAAUAUUCUUCAUGAUGUAUCUGAGGACCUGAGGACGCAAUGUGCUGCUGUUAAUGAGGCUUUUGCCAAACGCUGUGAGGAGCUGUAUGAUACAAAACACAAACUAGAGUAUCAUUUGAAAAAAGUCCUUAAGGAGAUUGGAGAUCAGGAAGCUAACAUUGCUGCUCUCAAACAAGCUAUCAAAGACAAAGAAGCCCCAAUGAAAGUUGCUCAAACAAGGCUGUAUGACAGGUCUUUUAGGCCCAAUGUAGAGCUCUGCAGAGAUGAAGCACAAUUCAGGUUGAUCAGUGAAGCUGAAGCACUAACGGAGUCUGUUGAAUCCCUGAAGAAAAAACUGCUGGAAUCUGAACAGUCUCUGAGGAACCUGGAAGACAUACGGAUGAACUUAGAAAAAGAAAUAGCUGUGAAAACAAACAGUAUUUUCAUUGAUAAGCAGAAGUGCAUGGCCCAUCGCACACGCUAUCCUGUUGUUCUUAAAUUAGCAGGUUACCAGUAA